AUGCCUGGUGCUCGUCAAUUUUUAUUUGCUCCUUCUGAACGUUUAAUUCCCCGCAUUAGAAUUGAGACUUCCUAUUAUGAACAAUUGAUUGGCAAGAAAGUUUUGGUACAAAUUGAUUCAUGGCCACAAGAUUCUCAUUAUCCAAGAGGUCAUUAUAUUCGUGUAAUUGGCAACGAAGGCGAACGCAAAACUUAAGAUGAAGUUAUUCUUUUGAAACAUGAAGUGCCUUAUUAUGAAUUUUCUCCUGCCGUUCUAGCUUGUCUUCCUGAAGUUUUUUGGUCUUCACAUCCUUUGGAUCCUCCAGAACGUGAAGAUUUGACGUCUUUGGAUAUUUGUUCUGUUGAUCCAGAAGGUUGUACUGAUAUUGACGAUGCUGUUCUUUCCCUUGAAUUAUAGCCUAAUCGCUUUGAAGUUGGAGUGCACAUUGCUGAUGGUAUU